UAUGUCCUGAUACAUUGUCGGUUCCAUCACAACUAAAGCGAUGAUUGGUUUUCUAGGAAAAUUCAACGGUAUUUCUUAAACACCUCCCAUCUCCGUAUAUAUUGUCACACAAGUCCACGUUGCAGCUUUGGGUUUUAGAAGAUUCAAGCCGUCAACUUAAAAAGCAACUCAUUCUUCUAUAAGCACAUAUAAUGGAUGACGAAUGUGUGGAUCCUCUGAUCGACAGUAACCAACAGGGUGCAGUGACGCCAACGAAUCAAACAUCUCCCAAUGCCUCGGACAGUGACAGCUUUGUUUUACCUGCGCUCUACUUUUUGAUGUUCCCCAUAGCUUUCUUUCUGAAUGGGGUCUCCGGCUGGAUUUCCCUGCACAUCAAAGCCUCUUCCAACUUUGUGGUGUAUCUGAAAAAUCUAAUAGCUGCUGACAUUAUAAUGACCAUGAUCAUCCCGAUCAUGGCUGCAAAAUAUUUGCCAGGCUCGUCAAACACAAUAUACAUACUGUCAUGUCAUCUCAGUCCCAUUUUCUACAGUAUACGGUACACAUGCAUCGGUCUGCUGGGCUUAAUCAGUCUGGACCGUUUCUUCAAGAUCAUGAUGCCCCACAGCAAGUUGUUUGGUCAGAAACUGACCUCAAGCAAGGUGAUAUCAGGCUCGGUCUGGGUAAUAAUGCUCGGAGGCUUCGCUUUACCAAACAUGAUUUUAAGUAACAACUCACUGGGCAAUAUAACAGAGAUCAAUACCUGUAUGCUGUUGAAAGGACCAGCUGGACUCGUAGCUCAUGAGAGCAUUGUGAUUUGCCUGAAUGCUUUCUUUUGGUUGGUCAGUCUGGUCAUUGUGGUUUGCUACAUCUGCGUCGCAAACAAGGUUAUCCAGUCUUUUCGAAAAUCCGGCAGCAACAACAACCAGGGAAAGCAGAAGAUCAAGCUACGCGUUUUCCUAGUUGUCAUGGUGUUUUUUGGGUCAUUCGGACCAUACCACAUUGUGAGGAUCCCAUACACUUUUCAACAAGUCAACUCGUUUUCCUAUUUUAGCUGCUCUUUUUUGAGCAGCAAGUUAGCAAAGGACCUUAGCCACUGGCUCGCCAGCUCAAACAUCUGCUUGGACCCGCUUCUCUACGUCUUUCUGUGUCGGGAGUUCAAGGAGAAACUCAACGACAUCUUCAAGAAGAUUUUGUAGACUAAUGUCUGAUUAUUGUUAUGUUGGUUUUUUGUUUGUGUUCUAUCUUGAAGUCUGUUCCAACAUAAGGUUGUGCUCUGCUGUUUGGUGUCUUCUCAAAGUGUCGCUGUAAAUAGGUUGAGAACCACGAACAGGAACGUGUUCAUGGAUGGAUGAGAUGAACAGCAUAAGACAAGAGAUUGCUGGUAUUUUGUUGUUAUUUGUCUACAAAACACAUUUUUAUAGUCUUUCUGCUAGUUCACGAGUUCUUGGAGGGAGACAGUAAAUGAGUCUAUGCACCUCCUAUGCAGGACAAGUUAUGUUAUGCCUCACACUGAAUUCAUAUAAUGUUUGUUGUUAUAGUAAGAAUUGGUUGUGUUUUUAAUAAUAUUCUGCUCAUGUCCAAUGGGUCCAUCCAUUUGCAGAAUUCUAAUCUUCACACUUAUGCUGAUACAUAUUAAAACAAGUAAAGUCUGUUUUAAUUUAAUAAAAUUCUUGUAUUCAAUAUAAAA